AUGCAUGCAAUCACCAUUACGAGUCUGGACGGCAAGUUUGAAAAGCCUGGUCAAGUCUAUUAUCCACUGUCGCUCCGUUCUGUACCAGUACCUUCACCCAAGGGGAGUGAGCUGCUCAUCAAACUCACCGCAGCUUCACUGAACCACCGUGACCUCUUUCUCCGUCAACAUCUUUACCCAGGGGUAUGCUUUGAAACCCCCCUAUUGAGCGACGGGGUCGGAUCCGUGAUUUCUACGGGGCCGGAUGUGCCCCAUGCUCAAUCCUGGAUGGACAAACGGGUCAUCUUGAACCCGGCAACGGGCUGGAAGGAUGCACCCGAUGCGCCUGAGCCACCUGGUGAAUUCAAGAUAAUGGGCGGCACCAGUUUCUAUAACAAAGGAACGUUGCAGGAAUACAUCACUCUAGAUGUGAGCGAGGUUGAGGAGGCACCGAGGCAUUUAUCGGAUGCUGAGGCAGCAGCGUUGCCAUUGACCGGGCUAACGGCCUGGAGGGCUCUCGUGACCAAAGCCGGUGAAGCCAAUUCUGGGCCCGGAGCUGCAGUCUUGAUCACCGGUAUUGGCGGAGGAGUCGCAUUGAUGGCAUUGCGGUUUGCGGCGGCCAGGGGCGCGGAUGUGUAUGUUACAAGCUCCAGCGAGGAGAAAAUUAAGCAGGCAGUCGAGCUGGGUGCUCGAGGCGGGGUGAACUAUAAGGAGGCUGGAUGGGAGAAGAAGCUGCUGGGUAUGUUACCAAAGGGGAAGGCCAAAUUCGACGCCAUCAUUGACGGCGCAGGAGGAGAGGUCGUUGAAAAAGGGGUGAAGCUGCUAAAGGACGGUGGAAUAAUCUCCAUUUACGGAAUGACGGUUGGCCCCAAGAUGUCAUGGUUGAUACAAGCAGUUCUUAAAAACAUUGACCUCAGAGGUACAACGAUGGGUUCACGAAAGGAGUUCAAGGAUAUGGUGGAUUUCGUCAAGGAGAAGGAGAUUAAACCGAUCGUUUGGAAGGUGAUUCAGGGACUUGACAACAUCGAGGCCAUUGAUGGAUUGUUCGAUGAUAUGAAGAAGGGAAGCCAAUUCGGUAAAUUGGUGAUCGAAUUUGGCGAUUCGAGCGGGAGUAAACUGUAA